AUGCUCUGUACUUAUAAUUGUUUCUCAGACUUAAGCAAUCUCACAACAGGCCAUUCGCUCCUCUCCUACGCAGAGUCUUGCACCUCAUCAUCACCUACCCUGGAACUUGCCAUAAACUGGGUCAACAACUGUCGCACUUACCAUCCAGAAUGUCGAGAGCUUCAGAAAGAGGAGAAAUGGUGGCCUACCAGACUUAUCGAUAUCGGUGAUGAAGGCGACGGGAAAUGGAAGCUUGUGUCACUUCUUGAGAAGCCCCAACCACCACCGUCCUACAUGACAUUGAGCUAUAGGUGGGGCUCGAAGAACAACUUUCGACUUCUCAAAAACAACCUGUACUCUUUCCAGAAUGGGCUCCCCAUCGCCGAACUUCCUCGCACGUUUCAAGACGCAUGCUCGGUUGCAUGGAGGUUUUCGGUGAAGUUCUUGUGGAUUGAUGCUCUCUGUAUCAUCCAGGAUUGUAACGAAGACUGGUCUCGAGAGUCUGCAGCUAUGCGACUUGUUUAUGCCAACGCCUUUUGUAAUCUUGCUGCCGUUGCGUCAACUGACCCUCAUGGGGGGCUUUUUCGUAGUCGAAACACUGAGGAUCUGAAACCAUCAAUUGUCCGUGCCGCCUUGGAUAAGUCAACACCCCCAAAAGAUUACUAUGCCGUUGAUUCCGACUACACAAACCGCCAAUUGCUUGAUAAAGAACUUCUGAAGCGAGGCUGGGUUUUUCAAGAGCGACUUCUCAGUCCUCGAGUUUUAUAUUUCGCCGACAAGCAAGUCUUCUGGGAAUGCUUCACUGAGCAGAGGUGCGAGACAUUCCCGCACGGUAUACCCCCUCUUGGCCGAUCGAAGUCCCAAUGCCUAUCAGUAAUCACCGGCCCUGGCAAGAUAGCGCUGGCAGUAGACAAAAGACCUGCAGUGGAAAUCGCGAGAAAAUGGGAAGAGUUAGUACAGGACUAUACGGAUUGCGAGCUUACGAAGGCUAGUGACAGACUUCAUGCAAUAGAAGGGGUAGCCGACUUGUUUCGGAAAGCUUUUCACGACACGUAUACUUUCGGUCUGUGGAAAGCGGAGCUUUCGCGCCAGCUUGGCUUCUAUGUGAAAUCUCCUCGCAAAGACUUAUCAUCGCAUUAUGUAGCGCCAUCAUGGUCCUGGGCAUCUCUGCAAUCCCCUGUCGAGUUUGAGCCACAUUCGUGUUGGCCGGAUACAACAGUACAUGUAUCAGUAUUAGACCUUAAUCGAAUCGAGGGAACUUUGACACUAAGGGGACAUCUGUUUACCGCCAAGAUCGACAAGGAAUCGAGAUACAACCUGGUCUCUGACUACGCUCGGAUCCAUGCACAAAUAUAUCCAGACCGGAUAGGCGAACAAGUCAAUAUGCCCGAAAUCAUCACUCUACUUCCACUGAUAUCCCAUUGGAGUUUAAGUGGCCCGAUGACAGGACUUGGUUGUCUGGUCUUGGAGCCAAUCCUCGUCACAGUGUCUCGAUACUAUCGACGGAUCGCGUACAUAAAGUUCGCGCAAGGACAAGACCUAGCGUUUUUUGGCAUGACUGUCUUGGCAGAUGGGUCCGCAAAGAUUGGCAAAAUGGCUCCUUCAAUUAUCAGCUUGAUGUAG